GGGGCGGGCGCCCGGCCCUGCUGCGCCCCUCUCCCGUGCCCGGCGAGGCUGCUUGGGGCCGGCGGGGGAAGAAGGGAGCCGGGGCGGGGGAGGAGGUUAUUGAUGAAGCUGCUUCACGCAUGGAUGAGGCCAUGAAUUUCAAUCGGAGCGAGAGCGACUGGCAGGGGCUGGUGAGCGAGUACCUGGUGUGUAAAAGGAAACUAGAAAGUAAAAAGGAGGCGCUUCUGAUCCUUUCCAAGGAAUUGGACACGUGUCAGCAGGAGAGAGACCAGUACAAACUCAUGGCCAAUCAACUUCGGGAGCGGCACCAGUCCCUAAAAAAGAAAUACCGAGAGCUGAUUGAUGGAGACCCAUCAAUUCCACCAGAAAGGAGGAAACAGGCUAAUCUUGCACAACUAUUGAGUGAUUCUCGGGACCGAAAUAAACAUCUGGGAGAAGAAAUUAAAGAACUUCAGCAGAGACUUGGAGAAAUACAGGGGGACAAUAAGCUCCUAAGGAUGACGAUAGCAAAACAGAGACUAGGUGAUGAAGAAAUCGGGGCCCGCCAUUUUGCAGCCCAUGAACGGGAAGACCUGGUUCAGCAGCUGGAGAGAGCUCGGGAACAAAUCGAAUCCCUGGAACAUGACUUACAGGCCUCCGUGGACGAGCUGCAGGACAUCAAAGAGGAGCGUUCUUCCUACCAGGAUAAAGUGGACAGGCUCAACCAAGAGCUCAAUCACAUCCUGGGCGGUCACGAAAACCGCAUCAUCGACGUGGACGCCCUCUGCAUGGAGAACCGAUACCUUCAAGAGAGAUUAAAGCAGCUUCACGAAGAGGUCAGCCUACUUAAAUCUAAUAUUGCCAAAUAUAAGAAUGCCCUCGAGAGACGGAAAAACUCCAAAGGCCAGAGCAAGUCCAGCCACAACAGCAGCAGCGCCCUGACGGGAGUCCUGUCUGCCAAGCAAGUUCAAGAUUUAUUAUCUGAGGAUCAUGGAUGCAGUCUUCCGGCAACACCACAGUCCAUUUCGGAUCUGAAAUCUUUAGCUACCGCCCUGUUGGAGACAAUCCAUGAGAAAAACAUGGUCAUUCAGCACCAAAGGCAGACUAACAAAAUCCUAGGUAACCGAGUGGCAGAACUGGAGAAAAAAUUGAGAACUUUGGAAGUCUCGGGUUUGUGGAGUCUCCCAGGCCUGAGCUACAAUGUUUCAGUGGGAUUCAGGAGAGGCAAGGACACCAUAACUUUCAAUGAUUCUCCUCUUCCAGUCCUACAAAGGUCAAGAUCCCCACUGCUGAAAUUCAUAGAUCAGCGAGAAGAAAACAAAACGUACACUAAAAAUGGGGAGCAGAAGCAAAGAGAUGAAAGUUCUUCUGUUCCUGUGGCAUUGACAGCUCCCGAGGAGGCUGCAGCCCAGCUCUCUGACAAUUCCCCAGCCAAGCCCAACUUCGGGAACCAACGCAAGCACUUUCAUCCCUCAUUACCCCAGUUACCUUCUGAGGAAGAAGAAAUAAACAGGCUUGGAAGUGAAAUAAUUAAACUGACAGAGGAACAGGCAGCUGAAGAACUGGAAGGGACCAGAAAAGGGAGUUCCCAAGAGGAGCUGAGGAAAGGGACAGACCCGGCCCAGAGCAGGGGGAUGGCCAAGGUGGAGUCUCCUUUGUCCAGCCCCGAUCCCUUUGGUUCCGGUGAGUCCUUGGGUUUGGGGAAGGAGCGAGUCACCGAAGGCUGUGACCUGGAAGAGGAGAAAGGUAUCCCGGAAGGGAGCUACUCAGGCAUUGUGAAGACAUGAAGGGUAAAGGGAUCGGAAAGGGUAACACGUGGAAGGCGCUGGGGACGGCAAGAAUUAAGCCACAGAACAACCCGUUCGAUUUAACUCUCCUCAAAUACUCCCGAGUCUGGGACUCAGAAAAUCCUUUGAUCCUGUUGCAAAUUGUAGGUAUUUUGAUGACAGAACAGUUUGAUUUAUUAAAUGCGGGCCCUCAAUCUUCUCACCGUCAUCUCUUACUACUGAAGAUGUACUGCUGUGAACACGGGCAGGCACUGAAAAUAGUGCGCGCCAUAUGGCUGCUUUUUCCCAUCCGUCUUCGUGUCGGCAUUUGUUUUAUUAGAGAUAAGAUGUUUUUCUAUUAACGUUUAAUGUUGUCGAUCAAAAUUAUGGGAAGAGCUUGAAACUGAUGGGCUUUUUAAUCAGGUCCCCGGUAUUUGUAAUGAUUAAGGCUGUUGGGAAGAGAGACAUAAUUGAGCAUAAUGGGUCCGAAGGGCCCACCGAGACACUUUGUCAUGUCAGGGCCUUGUUGGGUCUCCUCCACAUGGAUGCUCCUGGCACGGCGCCCGUGGCGAUGUGUCGCAGCUGGGAAUGGCGGGAGGAGAGGGGCCCUGCGGGCUGAAAGGGCUUGUUUUCCCCUUCUGAAGUCAGACCCGCGUUCGGGCGCUGGCGGGGCGGGUAAAUAAGUAUGUUCGCGAGCGGUGGGUGCAUUGAUGGUCCCAGGAGGGAAGUAAAGUCAAAGGCAGAGCCGGGAAAAUGAUUCUCACCUUUCAAACUUCUCCAUCGCAUCCUUUUUGUUUGUUGGGAAAAAAUGAGCAAAGCUGUGUCAUUGUGAACCAAACCACUUUGCUUUUCCUUAUCUGCAAAAUGGCAGGUGGGCAGGGGCCAUGACCGCCCAAGUUCCUUCCCGUUCCACUCUAGGAAGGUAGGAGUCUGCUUAGGAGCCCGUGGAUACAGAUGCCUGAACCCUGGAAGGAAGAGCGGCGUCUCCAGGAUAAGGUCCAGGCUUUCUAGGAAGGCCCUGGAUGGAAGAGCUAGCAUCUGCUUAGGACGGCCUGGACCUGGAAGCGGAACUCCCAUGGCUCCAGGCCAGUUCAUAUUCCCCAGGAAGCCGAAAGUUCAUCUGAAGUCAGUGAGUCCCCCGAGAACCUGUUCAGAGUGUGCAUGAGCAAGACGGGCUCCCUCGGUGGUUAUGUUUUUACAGAAACUUCCUCCUAACCCAGCUAAAAAGAAGAACGGGCAGAUUGUUUGUGAUGUUGGCAGCCAAACCAGUGAUUCUGUGGCUCGGUGGUCAGCCUGAUUCCCGUGUCUGCCUUUGCAGGGACAGAGGGGCUGACCUCAGGCCAGUUCCAGGUCCUGGACACGGUCGUCACAGUGCCGUCCAUCCCAUCUGUUCUCCCCGAACUGUGGGGAGACCCAUAGGGUACCAAACUAAAGCCCUCUCGUGCUUAUUCCUCACCUUUCCCCUUUAUGAUCAGUGACAAGGGUUAGAUUCAAGGCGUUUUGGCGUUUCCCAUGAAAAGUUAGAUUUGUUUAAUUUUUUUGGCUUUUUGGGGGAGUCCUAAUUUUUCAGUAAAAAAAGGUGCAAUUAGAGUCUCCUCAGAGACUCCUUGCCUCCACUCCUGCCGGCUGCAGGGGUUGCUGAUCCCAGCUGGGCCGAGGCUCAGGCAGUAGGGCCACUGGAGGGGCGAGCUGCCCCCACCGGCACCAGCCUCCUGCCUCACCCACUGGGCCCCAUCCAGACGACUUCCUAGAGAGGGAAUUUGCCUCUGCAGCUGCAGAGCCUGUGUGGGCCGGCAGCCACAGAGGUAAUUUUCCUGCUGGACCCGGCCUUAACUGCCUGCAAAUGUUCAGCUUUCCCAAGUAGCACUUUAAAGGCACUGGAGGAAAGCGGAGCCAAAUUUAAUAAAAUAAUAAUAAAAAGAAAAAUCUCCCCUAGCCCAAGCUCUGGUUUUGACACAGUCUGCCAGGUGCACAUCUUUACAGGCCAUUUAUAAACUCCUGGAAAAUAGGGUUUAUCAUCUACUCUGGCACAUCCCGCCCCAGUCAGGGAGGCCGAGAGGAAUCCCAAGUGGGAGAAGCCCCCACUGGUGAACAGGCUCAAGAAGGCUGCGGCGUUCCACUGACCUUGGCCACAUGGUGCCCAUUGGGCGAGUCGCCAUGACAAUAUUAGUGCCCAUCUCCCCUCCCCAGCCCCACUUUAGUUUUCUGGUUCCUAGACAGCAAAGGAGAAGGUUCAGAUUGUCUCCAGUUUAGCCACUUUUAAAGCUGUUCUAAAACCCUACCUGCUCUAUUGGAUCCAGCCUGUGUAACACUUUUGGCUAAAAAACCAAAAUAUUGCAAGUUUCCUGGUUAUUGAUGCUUUUUUGGUUUUUUAAGACAAAUGUCCCUGCUUGGUCUUACCACCCAGCUGCAUUCUGACCCACUUCUGUCAGGAAGAUGGCCCUGGUGAUGUGGGAAGGAAGGUGGCCCUGACCCUGUGGGGAAGAAGCCCUGGCCCCAUGGGUAGGAAGGUCACCCUGGCCUCAUGGGUAGGAAGGAAGAAGAGGAAGAUGACCCUGGCCCUGUGGGGAGGAAGGUCACCUUGGCCAUGUCGGGAGGGAGGUGACCCUGGCCAUGUGGGGAGGAAGGGAAGGAAGGUGGCCCUGGCCCUGUGGCGUUUGCUUCCUGGCUUUCUGUACCAUUGGGGCAGAAUGUGGAACUGGGUGUGCAUGGAGACUUGCAACUGAAACUGCCACUUCUGGUAAAAACUGCCCGGCCCCUGGCAACGUAUGGGCCUGGAUUCCACAUGCAAGCAUCUGGGGGAGUUUGUGGUUCUUUAAUUAAGCCCUGAGAAAAUCCAUCCUUUCCUUUAAAAAGGGGGGAAGGGAUUUCUCAUCCCCAAACCCAGCCCCACACCAUCCUCCUUUCCUCACCAAAUCCUUCCCUGCUUCUUCCAAGUAUUCCCCGAGGCUUUCUCUAGCCAGGAGGCACCCGGUGGCGUUCAGCUCAGUCCCAGGCAGGUAGUUUUAGCUACCUUUUCCCAGAGCCAGCCCUGGGCGAGAUGGUGAAGGAGUGACUUUAUUCCCCCCACUCUCCCCUGCUCUUCAGGUGUCCAAUGAACACUCCAUUUUCCAAAGUCCUUGGGGGAAAAAAAAUCCCAAAGCAAUCAUUUACACUUUAGCAUGAAUAUGAUGCGCAGUGUUCCCUAAAAGUGGAGAGGAAAGCUCUGUCCCUUAUUCACAGAAUUUUAAGUGUCAUUAAGGAAGUAGGUGAUGCUUUGGGGGGAGAAAGCCAUUUUCUUCCCUUUACCAAUCCACAGCCAGCUAGCUGGCUCUCUUGCCUGACUGGAGCUCUCCAACAAGCAUUAUUCUUCUCCCUGAGAUUCUGAAUUAAUGUCUCUCUUUUUUGAUGUCUCUCACAAUAUCUGGUAACCCUUAAAGAGCUCCAUGAAUGUUAACUAUCACCAUCCUCCUCCUCAAUCCCUCUGGGAUUAAAGAGCAAGAUGCUGAAUGGAUGAGUCAGGAGAAGGGAAGGAAUGAUGGGUGCGUUUGGCCGUUUUAUUGCUCUACCUUAUAUCACUGUGUGAGGGUGGGGCUAGACCUCCCCUCCAGAAAGGUAGCAGGAUUUAUUUCGGCCUGGCUUCUGAGCCCUGCCAAGUCAGCUUUUCCUCCCUCCUCUUUCACGCUUGAAGAUGAAAGGGCCCGAGUGGGAGAGUUCAGUGGGCAGCCCAAAGGUAGAGGCGACAUUUUGAGACUCCCCAAAGUCACCCCACCUUGAGAUACAUGUGGAUCUCCAGGUGCUUUUCAUUCCUGCCACCAAGUUAGAAAGCAAUGAAUUACUGGACAAAGACGAUCCCAAAGAUCAGAGAGAGAGGUUUGGGAGACCAGUGGUGAAUCUAAUUAGAAAUGAGAGAGAAGGAGAAAAAAAUAGAAGGUUCCCUCUCUCAACAUUACAGCUGAUCCAAAAAAAAAAAAAUAGAAAAAAAAUCUUAGUACAGCAUGAAGGCAAUUUAAAAUGAUAGAUUUCGAUGGGCUGCCUUAUUUUUCUUAUCACUCCUUUCCUAAAUGAGGGUUUGGGGAUGCACAGGGCAGCUUGCAGAACACUGAAAAGUUUGACUUUCUCUAGUCUGUCCAAAUGCGGGGAUAUAUUGGGGGAUCUUCGCAGAGACCAAUGAUAAUCUAUGAAAUCUAAAACAAUUGGCUUUUUUUUUUUAUUGGCUGCUGUUUUGUUUUAUUUAAAGAAAAGAAGUUCUAUUUAUUUGCAGACUUGGCUUUAUUGGAUUCUCUAAUCACCAUGCAUCAUAACUAUAUUUUUUGUUACCUGGAAUAAAAAUGGGGUAAUUUUCCCGGGUA